AUGCCCUCAGUCAAGUCUGAAGAAGAUAGAAGCCAAACUAAACCAGUGGUGGUGAGAAGACUGGCAGAGCAAAACUGUAACAAUAACAACAAAAGACCAUUUACAAUAAGAUCUGCAGAUAGAAGAUUUGAAGAUGAGCCAAGCCUCAGCGAAGACCCCAGUUUGAGACACAGGACAACAACACCAAUAUACAAGACCCCACACCCAGGACACCAACACUCAGCCGGGCCCUGGACCGUCUCGCUUGGUCCGGCUUCUACAAACACCCAGCAUCCAUCCAAUCUGGAGUCUAUUCACCAAAACGGCACCAGAUCAACCGGCGCACACAGCGACGCCAAACCUGGCGAUGGGCAAGUACAGACUAGACCUGUGGCAUCUGAACCUGAGCUGAAAGGUGCUUUUGCUCUUCCUGAACACACCGCUCUCAUAUCCGCUGCUCCGGAUCUCUGCGUCCCAGUAAAUAGAGUCCCAUCGCCCCCAGUGCCCCCCUCUGCUCUCGCCCCUGCUCCUGCCCCUGCUCCUGCCCCACUGAGGACUGUGAGCUCUCCUCUGUUCAUCCCUGCUGCUGUCUCUGCACAUAGACCAGCAACUACAUCUGCAAACCUGGGAGUAAAACUGGGGAACUACCCGGCUGUGAAAUCCCCACCCAGACGCCCAGCUGUGGAUUCUAUUAACUCCGCAGCUCAAACCAAUCAUGGAAAUCCUUCAGGUGCUAAAAAAGGAAAGUAUUUCUCAUGCAGCACCGCCUCCGAGACCGAAAUGAGGUCACCGCCUAUGUCGUGUUGGGCCGUGCGUCUGCAGCAGGUGGACAAGGAGCUGGUGGAAGUGGAGACUCGCAUGGUUCAGCUGGAGAAGGACGGAGUGGAGCUGGAGAAGAGGCUGCGUCGCUGUGAAGAAGAGGGAAGAGAAGACAUCUUGAUGGACCCUCUCAUGGUCGACUGGUUCAACCUCAUCCGGGAGAAGCAGAUGUACAUUAGAAAGGAGUCAGAGCUGGUUUACAUAGCUCGGACGCUGGAGCUGGAGCGGCAGCAGCCAGGAGUCGAAGGAGAACUGCGCAGAUUACUGGAAAAACCUGAGCAUUUGAAGUCGCACCAGGAGCGGCAGCGUGAACAGCAGCUGAUGCAGAAGCUGGUAGAAAUCGUAAAUGGGAGAAACGCCAUCGUGGAGGGUUUGGACGAAGACAGACGCAGGGAGUUCGAGGAGGACCAGCAGUUGAACGAAAUGAUGAAAAGCCUGGGACUGAAGAAAGCCAAGACUAAAAGGAAGUCUUCCAUCUCCAAAAUGUUCAGGCGAAGAAGUAAAAGGCGAGUGGAAUGA